UUGACAUGACAGAUAUUAACCAAAUAGUAACCGAAGGAACGAGUGUUUUUGUAAAAGUUAUUUUGUAAAAAUGAUUAGUGUUUUAAAUACUAUAGAUACUGGUCAUGAAGACAUGAUCCAUGACGCAGAAUUAGAUUAUUAUGGAUUGAGGUUAGCGACUUGCUCAUCGGAUAACUCAGUAAAAAUUUACGACAUCAAGAGCGGUACACAAACUCUUGCCGCUGAUUUAAAAGGGCACUUUGGUCCCGUAUGGCAAGUUGCAUGGGCUCAUCCUAAGUUUGGCAAUUUAUUAGCCUCCUGUUCGUACGAUAGAAAAGUAAUUAUAUGGAAAGAAUCUGGAGAGUGGACCAAACUCUAUGAAUAUGCUGGACAUGAAAGUUCUGUAAACUCUGUGGCGUGGGCGCCAGCAGAAUAUGGUUUGAUUUUGGCUUGCUGCAGCUCAGAUGGUUCUAUUUCUACAAUAACUUACAAUCAAGAUGGUGGUAACUGGGAUGUUAAGAAGAUACCUGGUGCACAUGCAAUCGGAGUUAAUUCAAUUAGUUGGUGUCCAUCAUUAUCAGCAGAUCUAAACUUUGAUCCUCUAACAAACAAAGAAGCUCCUAAGAGAUUAGUAUCUGGUGGUUGUGAUAAUUUAAUCAAAAUUUGGAAAGAACAGGGCGAUCAAUGGGUGGAAGAGAACCGCCUAGAAAUGCAUAUGGACUGGGUACGAGAUGUGGCUUGGGCACCUUCACUUGGUCUGCAGCGUUCCAUGAUAGCUAGUUGUUCUCAAGAUAAGAGAGUCGUCAUUUGGUCGAGUGACGACAAUGUAUCCUGGACACCAAUAAUUCUCAACACAUUUGAUGAUGUUGUGUGGAGUGUAAGCUGGUCUCUCACUGGUAACAUCUUAGCCGUAUCGGGUGGGGACAACAAAGUUAGUCUAUGGAGAGAGAAUGCAGAUGGUCAGUGGCUAUGCAUUAGUGAAGUUGCAAAAGGGCUGGGACAAUCGCCCAAUGAAGAAAGAAGCACCCUUUAAGUUUUAAGUAUUUUUUCCAAAAUAAUGUAUGAUUACUUGUUUAUCCUUGAUUUAAUUGUAAUAUAAUAAAUUUAAUUAACUUAAA